CUAAGUGACUCGUACAACAUGGAAUUUAUAUAAAACGGAAUAAUCAACAGUGUUAUAGGGGAGUCGACUGUAUUUAUAAGACUUUAUUCAUUAUAUAUUAUAAGAAAAUUAAUUGGUAUCGUGAAAAAUCCAAGGACUAACGAUUCCGAUAAGUAGACGGCGCUGGAAUUGAAAAAGCGGGAAUUGGUUUCUAUGGUAAAUGUAAUGAUUCCAACAGUUGAAAAUGAUUGUAAUGCUGGAAAAUUGAUGUCAUCUUCUAAAAUCACAGAUAUUAAAUACGAAAGAGCAACCUGUAGCUACUUGAACUACUCUGAAAAAUAUCUACUAUUAGAAAGGCAUUUUUCAAAUCAGUAUGCUCCUUUUUACGCUGUUAGGUUGAAAUUAAUGUCAGAACGUGUAAAAGAAGCAGCUAAACAAAAAUGGGGUCAGGAUAUUUCAAUCAAAAAGCUUUGUGAACUCAGUGGUGAUAAAAAUGUAUGUAUAUUGGGAACAUUAUUUAAAUAUAUGACUCUUCAACCUAAUAUUUUAAAAGAAAUAAGUGAAGAGGUAAUUAUACAACUGCCAAUACUAUUGCACUGGUUUCUGUAUGUCCAGCCUCAACAUCUGGAAAAAAUACCUGGGGGCAAAUCAGGAAAACAUAAAAGGAUUAUUUCCAUUGGAAGACAGUACUAUAGGAAAAAUGAUCAAAUAUUAGGUAUUAUUUGUGCCUUAUUUGGAGAUCAAGAAGAUGGAAAAUUUAUUGUGAAAGAUGUAGCUUAUCCUUCAGUUUUAUCACAAAUUGAGAGACCGUUAUUACAAGAUGAUAAAUACAUUGUAUUGAUAUCAGGGUUAGGACUUUGUGAAACUUCAAAUAUUUUAUUACCACUUCAGAUGUUAGUUGAUACAGUGGCUGGUUUUCUUGGAGAAGAAUAUGAACAAGAAAGAGCAGCCAAAAUUGUUCGCUUUAUUAUUGCGGGAAAUUUUCUUAGUGAAAAUACAAAAGAUGCGGAAUUUUUUACAAAGGUUAAGUAUACAACAAGUAAAUGCAAACCUGCUGGAUUAGAUGGUGUAAAAAUUCUUGAUGACAUGUUGGCCCAAUUAUGUAGUUCAAUAGAAGUAGAUAUAAUGCCAGGAGAGUUUGAUCCUGCCAAUCAUCUAAUGCCUCAACAACCAUUGCACAAGUGUUUGUUUCCAAAUGCAAGAAAAUUUUCUACUUUACAUACAGUUACUAAUCCUUAUGAUUUUAGUAUUGAUGGGAUAAGGAUUUUAGGUGUGUCUGGACAAAAUAUACAAGAUAUUAAAAAAUACAGUCAUUUAGAAGAUCCACUAAUAUGUUUGGAGAAAAUUUUAGAAUGGGGUCAUCUGGCACCCACUUCACCUGAUACACUUGAUUGUUAUCCAUUCUACAGUGAAGAUCCAUUUAUUCUUAAUGAUUGCCCUCAUGUGUUAUUUGCAGGAAAUCAGUCGGAAUAUAAUUCAAAGCUAUAUAAAGGAAGUACAGGACAGUUAGUAAAGUUAAUUUCAAUACCAAAAUUUUCUAAUUCAGCAUCAUGUGUUCUUCUAAAUCUGAAAACAUUGGAAUGUUCUCCCUGGGUAUAUGAAAUUGAUGUUUAAUAUCUUAUAUUUCUGAAGUAAUUUUAAUUUGAAAUAUGUUUUAUUUGCAUAAUAAUAAUUGAUUUAAAUAUAUGUUAGAAUUAAUAAAAUAUGAACUGUGUUACUUGAUUAUCAUUUAUUCCAUAUACACUGAAUAAAACUGUCAUUCAAAGUUUUAAUAUUUUAUUGUAAUAUAUUCUAAAACUUCACAUUAUUAAAAAUAAUUGUCAUAAAAAAUUUUUAUAAAAUCUCAAAAAUAAAGUAAUAAAGUUAAAUUGUU